UCCGAGCCACUCCAUGUGAGUAGUCCUUCGGAUGCUCUCGUACUGUACGCCGGGCGCGUUUAUUUUUAUUAUUAUUAUUGUUUAGUGGCUUAUUUUAAGUUAAGUUUUAUUUCUUUUAAUUUUAUAUUUAUAUUGACGUGUAUUAUUUUUGUAAAUCAUUUCUACGUGCGUGUGUGUAUAUGUGUGUUUGUGUGAGAAGUGCGUGUUUAAAAUAUUUACGUGAUUUGUAAUUAUUAUACUUGACGAAAGGAAAAAUUACGAAAUAUCCGAUGUACAGCAAAAUAUACGCGUCUUCGUUGCUUAAGCGGUGGAUCCAACCGUUGUGAUCGAGAUCUAUUUGACAAGAUUUAAUAAGAAAAAACCCAACAUGGGCUGUUUUUGUACCAGCGCCCGAACACACCACUGCAAAAUUGUAUUCCUCGACGAUCAAGAACUUGUACAUGAAGUUCAGGGUUCGAGUUUGGGUCAAGAAGUUUUUGAUGUGGUCGUGAGGCAUUUAAGCCUUCUCGAAACAGCUUACUUUGGCCUUCGUUACUUAGAUUCACAAAAUCAAACUCACUGGUUGGAUCUUUCCAAGAAAAUGAACAAACAGAUGAAGGGUAAUGAAAAUUUCACGUUUUACUUCGGCGUGAAAUUUUAUGCCGCUGAUCCAUGUAAGCUGGUCGAAGAAAUCACCAGGUAUCAGUUUUUCUUGCAGCUCAAACAGGACAUACUGCAAGGACGUGUACCUGUCACCCAAGAACUGAUGGCCGAGCUAGGGGCGUAUGUCGUGCAAUCUGAACUUGGAGAUUUCGAUCCUAGGCGACACACUCUUGGGUACGUGUCCGAAUUCCGGUUUGUGUCCAAUCAGAACGCAGAGCUCGAGAAUCGAAUUGGAGAAAUACACAAAGAACUUACGGGUCAAGUGCCUGCAGUCGCCGAGCUGAAUUUCUUGGAUAAAGUCAAGUGGCUGGACAUGUACGGCGUCGAUCUUCACCCAGUACUGGGUGAAGACAACGUUGAAUAUUAUUUGGGUUUAACGCCGACCGGAGUGAUUGUGCUCCGAAACAAAAAUAUCGUCGCAAACUAUUACUGGCCCAGGAUCACUAAGAUCUUCAGCAAAGGAAAAUAUUUCAUGCUUAGAGUAUGCGACAAAAAUAACGACGAGAAUACUUACGGGUUUGAAACGCCCUCGAGGCCGGCGUGUAAACAUCUGUACAAGUGCAGCAUGGAACAUCAUUCAUUCUUCAGACUUGUCCAAGUGUCGCCCAACCCUCCGGACGUCAUAAGCACUCGAUUUAGCAGCGGUCGGGCGGACAAGUCUUCAGUGAGGAGUUCGCAGAUGAGCAACAGAACGCCGCCAUCCUUCAUAAGGACACCUAGCCGCCGUUAUCAGAGGAGGAUCGUAGAAGGAGCCAACGAUAAUCAAACUUUCGGAGACGAGUACAAGACCAGAGACGAACUGAUGAUGUCGUCAUCAUUGAAACCGCAAGAUAAGCUGAAAAACUGUUCCAACCCUCAACUGCCCGUCCACACCAUGUACGUGCCAAACCGGAGUGAUUCUCCGAGAAGCACCAGAAGCGCGCCGUGGGGCGUUUGGUCAAGCGCCCCGACCAGGGGCCUGUACUCGAGUAGCUCGCCAAGAAGCGUUCGGUCCGGUCCACAUCAGAUCAUGCGUCACACCCGCAGGUCGUCCAGCGUAGAUAGUCAGAGCUCUAACGACUCAAGGUCGUGUCGCAAGCACAGACACCGCAACAAUAGACGGUCAUCAGAUAACGAGAGUGAACAGUCAGGCCGGUCGGGCAAGUCACACCGGAAGCACAGACACCGGAGCCGGAAGUCUUCGGUGGGUGACGACCAUGAACACAGGAGGCACAGGUAUCAGCUUGUGGAGUCAGAGGGACAGUGGCGAGAAGUGCAGCGGAGGCAGGCUGAGGGCAGGUCUGCAAUACAAAAGGCGUCUGUGGUUCGGCCUCGGUCGGGCUACGCGAAUAGCGGGCUGGAGUCCGAGAGCGAGAUUUCUCACCAUUCGUCGUCGUACCGGAGACGGAAACAUCGGAAACACAGAUCGCGAUCCAGAUCGCCGUCAGAGAGUAACAGCAAGACGCGUCUGCCAGAGGAGCUAAAAAAGCAUUUGGAGUUCGAACUGGUCGAAACUGAUGGUAUGACAGAAGAACAGUUACGAGAAAUACCGUACACGGCGGUGAAGACAUCCCUGAAGACCAAUAAUUCGUCGCCACCCCUGUCGUCCAAACGGAAAACCUAUUCGUCUAGGAGAGCCAAAAGUUGUUCGUUAAAAGACUCGACAGUGCCAGAAGCCGGUGAUAGUCCUCCACCGCCGUAUAGCGAAGGCCCAGCGGAUAAAUGUACGGUCGCUGUCGCCGUCUCCAUGCCCAGUUCGAAAAGCGCUAAUCAGUUACCAAGGACGCAACAAUCCAACCAAAGCGGACUGACAACGACGACGAGGACAACUGCUGACCCCAACUACAGGGCUACGGGCUCUGCGCUUUACGCCAACCCAUCAUCGUUGCAUGUGGGCUCGGCAAACAGCUAUCGUCAUUCUAGUCAAGACCAACGGAACCUCAUGAACCAUUCCCGGUGGUUACACGAUCUCGAGCAGAAAGACAAUGCGCACAAUAGAAGGACGGAAAAUCUGAUGCGAGACUUCCCUUACAAUUCAGCCAGGUCAUCGGCAAAUGGCAACAGCACCGAACGACUCUCUCAGAACGGUACCAAGUCGACGCCACCGCCGUGGUCUAGUCAAGAAAUUCGCGGCACUCUCGGUGGCGGUAGUGUUCCUUGGCAGUGCGUCCCGGACCACGUAUACCCGGUUAGUAGUUACGGGCCACCCAAAAACAUUAACCAGGCGGCAUACCAGAACCGAAGCAACAACAACCCAGAAACGUGUGCAACACCGGCGGUGGUCGACACCAACCGGAACAGCUCGAUGACGACGACAACCGACGACGGUAAGACUACAGCCUCUUCAGCAUCGGCUGCGGUUGGGCAGUCGAUCAAGUCCAGUAAGUCUUUCGAAAGCGGCGUACUAGGGCAGCACGCCAACACGCCCAAUGGCGUUAUUCCGUGGCCGGGUGAUAGAGGCAAACCCAGAGUGUCACACCAGUGGGACCACCACAACGGUACGCCAUCGUCGCCGCAUCACAACAAUCUCCACCAUCAGCAGCAGCAGCAGCAUCACCACCAACAGCAGCAGCAGCAUCACCACCAACAACAUCAACAGCAGCAGAAUCACCAACAUAACGGGUCGUCUCCUUACAGUGGAGGUGGUGGUGGUGGUGGUGAAAUCCUAUACCUUGGGAACAGAUCCUCGGGGAUACGCACUUCUUCCAGGAGCGGUCCAACGUACUUUUCGCCACAACACAACCACGUGGAUAGACUUUCAAACUCAGAGCUGAGGUCGUCGGCCAGUCUCGAAGAGAUCCUUUCUCCAAUCCUGCAAAGCAAACUGACCACGUAAUCUCGUGGGGACGCAAACUAAGAUUAUGUAUCGAUACGAUAUUAUUAUCAUCCUAAUGAAUUCUGAUUGAAAUUCAAGCCCUAAAACAUCGAUUAACCGGUCGCCAAUAAUUGAAAGACAACACUCCACGCCGGCUACUUUUUACGUGUAUAUAUAUAUUUAUUAUUUAUCAUAAUUUUUUUCAGUUAUAUGACGCAAGCGCGCACUCACGCACGCACACAUAAGCCAUAUUAUAUUACAUUUAUAUAUUAUACGAACGUGUACAGUGUAAAAAGAAAACGAUUUAUCUCAUCACUACGUAUAUACCUACAGUAUACGUAUAUAUAUAUAUAUAUAUAUAUAUAUAUAUUUAUUAUAUAUAUAAUCUACACAUAUUAUAGGGAAACUUUUUGGAGAAUAAUAUAAUAUAUCUAUAAACACGAGCGCGAGUUUUCUUCUUUUCCGUUAUUAUUAUUAUUAUUUAUUCUUUUCACUUUUGAGAGAAACCGUCAAAGGGCGUCGAUAAGUCUGAGUUUUAUUAAAUAUUUUUUUUUUUUUUUAUGAUCCUUAUUUUCUUAUCCUUCUCUUAUUCUUUUUUUCGAUAUUCUCGUCGUAUUCUCUCCUUUCCCAUUCGUAUUUUAUAUUAUUAUUAUUAUUAUUAUUAUUAUUAUUAUAAUCGUUUGUCGUGUCUCUGUCGCGCUCGUCGGGUUAAUAAAAAUAUAGUACUAUACCAAAGCUCAAUAUUAUGAUCAACACAUGUGUUCCGCGCAUAUUAUUAUA